AUGCUGCAAUCAAACGUAGCUUAUUUUGAAUCAGGAGAACAAAGUCAUACACAACAUUGUGGCCUCAACCCUUAGUAUACAUGACUAAGACUUGAGAGCGAAAUGUCAUCUCUAGUUUUGUGAUCCGUGUUGUGAAUAAACUAGAAUUGUAAAUUGUAAAACCAAAAUCCAAAGGCUUCACAUUGUAGUGAAGUAGGAAUAUUGCACUACAAUGUGAAGCCUUUGAAUUUUGGUUUUACAAUUUACAAUUCUAUUCCUCUGAAAUACAAUGGGACCUGAGAGCACAGACAAUUUACCUUGACAUAUAACAACUCUCUUUCGCUGCCAUCUUUCUAUUUUACUAAAGCACCCAGACAGAAGCUACUACCGAUUCCCGCCAAUGAGGAAGAGCCCAAGCCAUCACCACAGAUUCCCACCAAUGAGGAAGAGUCCAAGCCAUCACCAUAGAUUCCCACCAAUGAGGAAGAGCCCAAGCCAUCACCAUAGAUUCCCACCAAUGAGGUAGAGUCCAAGCCAUCAUGACUGAUUCUCGCCAAUAAGGACGAGUCCAAGCCAUCACCACCGAUUUCCACCAAUGAGGAAGAGUCCAAGCCAUCACCACCGAUUCCCACCAAUGAGGAAGAGUCCAAGCCAUCACCACUGAUUCGAACCAAUGAGGAAGAGUCCAAGCCAUCACCACCGAUUCCCACCAAUGAGGAAGAGUCCAAGCCAUCACCACCGAUUUCCACCAAUGAGGACAAGUCCAAGACAUCACCACCGAUUCCCACCAAUGAGGAAGAGUCCAAGCCAUCACCACCGAUUCCCACCAAUGAGGAAGAGUCCAAGCCAUCACCACCGAUUCCCACCAAUGAGGAAGAGCCCAAGCCAUCACCACCGAUUCCCACCAAUGAGGAAGAGCCCAAGCCAUCACAUCACUGGAUGUCAGACAUGGAAAACCUACACAGCAGUGCCCAUGCAUUAUACACUAAAGGUCUUUCUAUCAUGUUGUGGAUUAUUCACAUUUAA